CUGUGGUCUGUCAUUCAUCUCUUCUUGUUAACCGGUUAGCGGGAAAAAAUAAAUUUUAUAUACAUUUUUCUCUAUUUUUUACUUUAACAAAAAUAGUAAGUGAUAAGUGAUGUUAACUGGUUUGCAAAUAAGUGCUUAAGAAAAUUUAGUCAUCCUAUAACCAUGGCUCUACUACGCAGUUUGGAAAUCAUCGGUAUUAGAAACUUCAGUCCAGAAGACAAACAAACUAUAUACUUUGGCACACCCGUUGUUUUAUUUCAAGGCCAAAAUGGAUCUGGAAAAACCACAAUCAUAGAAAGUAUUAGAUAUGCGUUAACAGGAGAAUUACCUACUGGUACUGAUCAUGGAAAAGGUUUUGUGAAUGAACCAAAGAUGUCAAAUAAAUCAACUACAAAGGGCAGUAUUAAGAUCAAAUUCUCUGAUACUGAGGGAAAUGUGAUUACUGUUGCUAAAGUUGUACAAGUGCAACUCAUAAAAUCUGGUAAUCUUUCAUUCAAGCGAUUGAAUUAUGCAGUACGCAGAAGAGACAAAGACACAGGCGACGUCCAAGAUAUCUCCGGACGUUGUAUUGACAUAGACAGCUACUGCUGCAAUACUCUCAAUGUUUCGAAAGCAAUAUUUAACAAUGUUCUCUUCUGUCACCAAGAAAAUUCGCUGUGGCCCCUAGACGAACCUAAGAAACUCAAAGAGAAGUUCGACGAAAUUUUUGAUGCCACCAAAUACAAUAGAUGCAUCAAAAACAUCAGAGAUUACAUCAAGGCCCAGCAAAUAGACGUUAAAAGUUUACAUAGAGUUUUAGAUAGCAAAAAGGAGAUCAAAAACAGAGUGGAACAUCAACGAGCCAAAUUCGAAGAAAGAAAAGUCAAAUUGGGAGAGACCAAGGAGGCUAUAAAAACGAAAAAGAAGGAAAUGGAACCACUGACGGCUCGUAUGAAUGUAAUUAUGGAAUUGGAGGAGAAAUUGGGCAACUUGCAGAGGAAGCUUACUGGAAAAGAAGAAGAAAAGAAAGGUCUGGCCAAUCAACAGAGCACCCUAAUUAGCAGUAUGUCCUACGUUUUCGAAGGAUCAGACGAAGAUCUCCAGUCAAAAAUCAACUCCUUUAAAGACGAACAAACUUCAGAAGAAUCGUCUAUUAGAAAACUAGAAAAAAACGUCCAAGACACCACAAUUCAAAUCGGAACCUUAAACAGAACAGUACAGAAUAAACAAGUUAAAAUAGGCCAACUGAAAGAAGAACAAAACAACCAUAACUCCAAGUUGCAAGAAAGUCAAAAUCUGAUAGAAAAAUUAAGAGUGGAACUAGACAUUCCAACUAACGACGAUAAGGAGUAUCUAAUUGGAGAACUGUCUAAGUCUUUAAAAGACGAACAGAAGAAGUUAGCCGAUUUAAAACGUGAAAAGGACGUAGAAGAGAAGCUUUUGCAAGAUCAAAUCGAUAAAAUUAGGGAGCAAAAUGCCGGAACCAAACAAUCUAUUUCAUCGAAAAAAACUGCGAUAAGCGACUAUAAAAGCAAACUGAGAGAUAUACAAGGAAAAUUACAGGAAUUGGAUACUUCUGAUACUCAAUUGAAAGCUGUUACUGACAAAAUCCAAAAGUGGCAACAGACUCUUUCUAGCAUAAAAAAUUCCUUUGAUGAACAUGAAACAUUGCAGGAAAUUGAUACAUUGAAGGAACAAAUAGGCACCAAGGAACAAUAUCUCGAUAAAUUAGACAAAGAAUACAGGAUACUUCAACGUAAUUACGUAACAGAACAAAAAUUAGAAUCAGAAAGAGCAUCGAUUGUCGAAAUGCAAGGACAGAUCAAUAAAAUAAAAUCGAGACAUUCUGAUAAUUUGAAAAUGCUCUUUAACGAUGAUGUACCCAAGAAGAAUUUAGAAAGGGCAGUCGUCGAUAUUCAAAAGAAACAAGAUGCUGAAUUUAAUAGAUUGACUCAGAACAUCAGUAAUUUGGAAAGGGAAUUGACAACAUUGCAAACGACUUUGAAUCACCAGAAGAACAAAUUGAAAACCGAUCAGCAAGAGUUAGCAAAUAACAAACGAAAAAUCGAUAAACUCUGCAACGGAACCGACUUCACAUCCUUCUUGGACGAAACCUACAAAAAAAAAGAAUCUGUUCAAAAGAGAAAAGGUUAUUUAUCUGCAGCUAAGAUAGUGUUCGAAAAUUUGGCGAGUAAAUUUGAAUCUGAAAAAUCUUGCCCCGUUUGCCAAACGAGUUUCUCGAAUAACACUUCGGCCCUACCCGCUAUAAUCGAAGAAUUAAAACACAGGGUAGUAUUGGUUCCGGGACAGCUGGCUCAAACGGAAAACGAAUUUAAGAAAGUUGAAGUGCUUUAUAAUAACUUGCAGCAACUUAAAAUCGUAAAUGAUGAUAUCGCAACGAUGUCGAAGACCAAAAUUCCCAAAUUGGAACAAGAAAUCAGUAAUCUGACGGAACAGCAUGAAGAAACAAAUAUGGUAAUUACAGCCGAGAAAGCAAAUCUUGAGCGACCCAAAAUGAUGAUAGAGAUUUGCAAAAACCUGAUCAGAGAUGCUACUCUGUUCGAUAAAUAUCAAACGGACAUAGCCAAAGCUAAUGACAAUAUCGAAGAGUUGCAAGAGACUAUUGAAAAAGUGUCGUCGAAACGUUCACAUCAAGAAACAGAGAUGGAGAUAGAUUCCGUCAAGAGAGAGCUCAGCAACACAAAAAACAGGUACGAUUCCAGCAAAGAUUUGUUAGACGGGCACAGAGAAAGGUGUCAAGACCUUAACAAAAAAAUCCAAACAGAAGUUCAAAAGCAAAUCGACAUCCAAAAACUCGUUCAAGAAAAACCGCUGCUCGAAAAACAAAACGCCGAAUACAAAGAACAAAUUGACGCGUUAAAUACGGAGAUAGAAGAUCUCCAAUUGAAUUUAGCUUCGUUAGAAAACGAUUUACGCGAAGCCGUUGAUAAAAAGAACAAAGCCACGAAAACCAACCGCGAACAUUUGGAUAAGGUCCAAAAUAAAUUGAUUUCCUACCAAAACGCUUUGUCUGACAUACACAAAUUAGAAAUGAACAUUCAAGACUACCAAAGAAAGAACAAUGGUGCUAAAUUCGAAAAAGCGAUGGAGGAGCUAGCGCAAUUGACCAUUACUCUGGAAAAUCUCGAGAAAAAUAAAACCAAAAUUCAAUCAGCGAUUUCCGAAAAGAAAGAAGCCAUCGCUAAGAAGGAAAGCGAAUUUAGAGCUCUAAAAGACAACGUUACUCUGAGAGAAAAGCGUAGGCAAGAAGACGCCGUUGCGGUCGAAAUAGAUAAUCUGAAACUCAAAAUCGGCGAUUACAACUACCGACAGGUGUUCGAGGAGAAGACAAAGAAGAGUACUGAAAUCGACAAGAAGCUUAGAGAGAUUAACAUACUGCAAGGGCAACUGGAAGAGGUUCAAGCACAGCAUGAUGAAUUGGAAUACGAAUUAGAUAAACCGGAGAAUAAGAAUGCUUAUAAAAAUUAUAAGAAACAACAUUACGAAUUGAUCGCUAAAAAUCUUUGCAUUGCGGAUUUGGAUAAGUACGUGAAAGUAUUGGAACGUUCCGUGCUCAAGUUCCACGAAGAAAGAAUGGUGCAAAUUAAUCGCAUGGUCAGAAAUUUAUGGAGGACCAUUUACAAGGGAAACGAUAUCGAUUAUAUUGAAAUCAAAACUGAUGAUUCUAUAGAUGGAGGAGCUAACAAACGCAAAUAUUCCUAUAAAGUGGUUCAAGUUAAAAACGGUAUAGAAUUGGACAUGCGCGGAAGAUGUAGUGCUGGACAAAAAGUACUUGCUUGCUUGGUUAUCCGUAUGGCUCUAGCUGAAACGUUCAGUUCCAAUUGCGGUAUCUUGGCUUUAGACGAACCAACGACCAAUUUAGACAGGGCCAAUAUUUCGAGUUUGAGCGACGCGCUAUCCGGUCUUAUUAACAGUAGAGAAAACCAGUCCCAUUUCCAGCUGUUGAUCAUUACUCACGAUGAAGAUUUCUUGAGAAGUAUUACUCAAGGCCAAAGCAUUGAUAGUUAUUGGCAGGUGAAGAGGAGUGACAGCGGUAGUUCCACUGUCGAAAGGAAGAUGCUGUGAUUAGUUUUUAUAAGAAAAUGUUGAUUUAAUGCACUGUUUUGUCUACCAGUUAAUUUGCAUUAGAAAUUAGAAGUAGGUUAUAAUUUAGGAUUCGUAUUGCUGUAUUCCAAGUUAUCUCCAUUUUUGCCUUAUCCUUUUGGUGUCAUGUUUUAAUCUUUUUUCCUAGAUAUCUCCGUCUUUUCAUUUUCCUUUUCCC